UUUUUUUACACCAAUAAAUAAUUCACGGGGGUUUGAACUUCCCAGGAGGAGGGGAAACACAUACAUACAACGUUUAACGGAUCAGGAAUCUUUGAUCCGUUAACGUAAUCAUGCCUGAAGAAAAAGUGUUCCCCUCCUUCGACGAUGAAGACACCAGCAGUAACAGUAGCAUCAUCAUCGUUAAUGACGAUCUCGAAGCAAAUCAAGAAUCGCCCAACAUUAAAGAAGAAAGCAAUGAGGAAAUGAAACUCUCCGUAAAAAUGGCAUUGCUUGAUUUCCGAUGUCGUGUGGAAGAUGCCAUUCUUAGCAACUAUCUUGUCUACAACAAGAAGAAAGUCAUAUUCUCCAAAGAGGAUAUAGAGAACCAGAGAGACAUUUCUCUAUGGGGAGUCCCACUAUUGUCAAGCAAAGGCCACGAAGGCACUGACGUCAUCCUAACGAAGUUUUUGAAAUCCAAGGAUUACAAGGUGUCUGAGGCAUUUAAGGCUUUACGUAAAGCAUUGAGGUGGCGAAUGAAACAUCAUGUUGAUGACAUUUUGGGAGAAAAUUUUAGCCCUGAGGUUGAGAACCUUUGGCAUGCAAAUGGGAAGGACAAGGACGAGAGACCUGUUUGUUACCAAGUUUUGGGGAAUUUCAAGAAUAAAGAAUUGGAUAGGGAAAUUUGGGGCUCACAUGAAGAAAGGCAAGAUUUGGUUAGAUGGAGGGUUCAAUGUUUGGAAAAGGGAAUUAGAUUGCUUGAUUUCAAACCAGGUGGACACAACUCUAUAGUUUUGGUGUCUGAUUUAAGAAACUCUCCUGGAAUUGCCAUGAAAGAGAUUCGAUGGAUUACAAAAAGAAUGUUACGAAUCAUUCAUGAUAAUUACCCUGGACUCAUCCAUAAAAAUAUAAUAAUAAAUGUUCCAGUUUGGUUUUCUACUCUUCAUGCGUUGAAUCUGCGGGUGAUACAACAGAGAAGCAAGAACAAGUUUAUAUUUGUUCGGCCAACAAGAGUAACAGACACACUCCUCAAGUAUAUACCGGCUGAAGAGUUGAUGGCUCAUUAUGGUGGCCUAAGAAGAGAAAAGGACAUGGAAUUUUCCCCAACUGACAAAGUUUUGGAGGCAACUAUAAAACCGAACAUUAGUACCAAUAUUAGGAUACCUGUCACACAGGGAGAAAUGACAGUAACAUGGGAUUUGAUGGUGGUGGGGUACGAGGUGGCGUAUAAGGAGGAGUUCAUACCGGAAGAUGAUUGUUCUUAUAGUGUUUUGCUUCAAUCGGAUAAAAAAAUGGAAGGUCUAAUUAGAAAUUCUUUCCAUAUCAGAGAACCUGGAGAGAUUGUGAUCACCAUUCACAACCACACCUCCAAGAAGAAAAUGGCCUUCUAUAGGUACCACACCAAGCCCAGUAUACCCAUUUACAUGCUCCAAAAUUGCUCCUUUUAAUUCAAUUAACCCUCUCACCUCCAAUUCUUUCUCCCUCACCCUUUCUUCUUUAAUUUCAUUAAUUUCCCCUUGAUUUUUCUGGUCGAAUUUUUAUUUUGUAGCAGAAAUAUGUAAAUAUAGAUGUAUAAUAUUUCUUGAUAGAUGUAAAGAAGAAUGUACGUGCUUUUAGUUGUAUAUUUAUAUUAUAGCAUGGACUUGGG